GCCUGGCCGGGCACCAUAGAGGCGGAGGCGGCGGAGCGGCAGGCCGCCGUCCUCUCUAGCCGCCCGCCCGGAAGCGGCGGCGGGAGCGGCGAAGCCGCGCCAUGGCGGGGACGGCGCUCAAACGGCUCAUGGCCGAGUACAAGCAGCUGACCCUGAACCCCCCAGAAGGGAUAGUAGCAGGUCCCAUGAAUGAAGAGAACUUCUUUGAAUGGGAAGCUCUGAUUAUGGGUCCUGAAGACACCUGUUUCGAAUAUGGGGUUUUCCCUGCUAUUCUGAGCUUUCCACUCGACUACCCAUUAAGUCCUCCGAAGAUGAGGUUCACGUGCGAGAUGUUCCAUCCAAACAUUUACCCGGAUGGAAGAGUUUGCAUCUCUAUUCUUCAUGCUCCUGGGGAUGAUCCCAUGGGAUAUGAGAGCAGCGCUGAGCGGUGGAGUCCCGUGCAGAGCGUGGAAAAGAUCCUCUUAUCAGUCGUUAGCAUGCUGGCAGAGCCAAAUGAUGAAAGCGGAGCCAAUGUAGACGCCUCCAAGAUGUGGCGGGAAGACAGAGAACAGUUUAACAAAAUUGCCAAGCAGAUUGUGCAGAAGUCACUUGGACUUUAAGCUCACAAAGAGACUGAAGUGUUUUCUAUUUCUCUCCACCCGAAAACGAGCAGUGCUCAGUGCUGGUACCAAAAAGGAAAACUUUGCAAAACUAUUGGCCUAGUUCUUUUUAUCAUUUGUUAUUUAUUUACCAUGUCUUUUCUUCUUCCGCUGCUCCAGAGAAGCCUCUAGUUCACUCACUAAAUUGUGUGGAAAAGGGAUUUAAUAGUAGGGAAAAAUAUGGAGACAAUGCCGUUUCAAAGGCUGCCUGUUGCUACCUCACUUCGUGGUAUGGAAAGCUUGGAGACUUUGCAGUCCGCAGCCUGCCUUUGCCAAUCUGCUGUCUGAGACCAGAGCUGGCUUGCAUCACCUGCUGGAAGAAUUAGUUGUAUGUUUUUAUAGGUAGCAUUGCAUCUGGAGCACCAGUAGACAGGAAAUAAUCGAUCGAUUUUUAUGGUACUCGCUAAGGUAAGGACAGCAUUUGCAGUCAGAACUGAUUUGAAGAGUAUCGUUAGCAGGAGAAGCUAUAAAACAAGGUUAUAGGUAGGAUGCAUUGGCAAAGAAAGCGAUUGUGCAGCAUGUAACUUCAAGGGAAGAUCUAGGGGGUUGUUGUCAGUGGUUGGCUGGGGGUUUAGAGUGGGCUGGUGUUCCCGUGUAACACUGUGAGUUUGUAUUGAGCCUUUGAGUCAGUGUUUGCUUGGAAGAAAUCCCAAGAGCUGCUUUAUUACUCCUUAAAGACACUCAGUUGUAAACUUCGCGUUCAAUUAGAGGUGCAAGAUGUAAAGACUGGAUUCUUAAACACUUUGGUCAGGUUCACUGUGGGCGAGGUAGGUCACUGGCAGCUUGAAAAUCCAGUGAGAAUGCAUCUGCUCCCCUGGGCAUGUAAAAUAUCUCUGCAAUAAUGUCAGCUUCUCUUGGGUAUUGAGAGGAUUAGGCACUGCUGGCCUUCGGUCACCCAUUUUUUCAGGUGAACGAGCAAAGAUGAACGUGGUGGAUUUUGUAAAAUUAACUGUAACACUUCUUUAUGCUUGGCUGCUCUUGUGUAUUUAAAUAUGAGUGAGUCAGAGAAGACACCGAACGUGUUUUCUAGAGGAUGGUACGACGCAUGUUUAGAACUGCAGAGUAUUGUAGCCGACCGCUGGUGCGGAGGGUGGAGGAGAUACCAGCUGCAACGCUCAGCUUGUAAAACUGCUUAGGGGCCACUGGUGACCUUUGUGCUUUGCAAGCGAAUCUCUUGUGUAGGUCCAAAUCUUCUCCAAUUUACUACAAGCAAUAACAUGCCCAUUGAUAGCACAUGGAAUCAAAUUUUGUUGGCAGCUUUAAAUGGACUCAAUUUGGAAGGGCUUUUUUUUUUUUUUUUUCUCCUAUGAAAAGCGUGUGACAUGGAAGGAGUCGCACCCUGGAGAAGGCUUUACAGAGGUGAUCGUGUGCAUGCGCGUGUGUACAACUCGUCAGUAUUUAUGUCUUGCUGUCCGUGCUGCAGAUCGCAGUAUGCCAUCGUUCUGCGCCUCUGAAGAGUUUGUAUUGCUAGAACUCGCUGAUUUUUACCUCCUUGUAGAAGUAAUUCUUCUUGCUUUGGUGUAAAGGCGGGAGGGGGGGCCUGACAGUUUGGGGGCAGAGAUGAUGAAAUAGUGUUGUUGUACCUACGUAGUAUUUCAAGGCAUACAGGAAAAUGUAGCACUUAUAUGCAAACUGAGAGAGUUUUUUGAGUUGUAGUAGAUGGAGCGUUGCUCCCGGGAGUACUGCAGCCGCUCAUGGAAACAACGCUGGAGAGCUGUGCGCGCCACGUGACAAACGAUGGCUUCACAGACGUGGCAAAAAUGGGCGUUUUUUAAGUGCAGAGUAUUUUAUUCAUGUGUGCUCACUCAUUAUUUUAUGGUGGGAUUUAGUCUGUAUACUGAAAAUAAAGUGAUUAUAUUUUCUCCUUUCGUAGAUGUA